GUCAUUUCAUGGCUGGCAGAUGGCUGGCUUUGGGAGCUUGAGCUUGAUUUACUUUUGUUACGAAAGAGAGCUGGGUUUUCUUUGAAAGUGGCGAUUUCUGUCAGAUUGCCUUUUAUUUACAUGUUGGUGUGCUUUAUUCGAUAAUGUCAAGAUGAAGUGGUGUUAGUUGCGGUAAAGUUAUAAUGUUUUCGAUUUAGAAGGUGCAAUAUCAGUCUGCCAAAACAAAAUGAACGACGGGGACUGGAUAUGCAGCGAUCCGAAUUGUGGUAAUAUAAACUUCGCUCGUCGGUCUUCUUGCUACCGCUGCAAUAAAGAAAGGCCCGAGGCAGCGAAGCCCUCUAAAAAGAAACUCGGGACGGAGAUAGGAAAAUCUGCAGCCGAGAAAUCACGCGGACUUUUUAACGCCGACGACUGGCAGUGCAACAAAUGUGCAAAUGUGAACUGGGCCCGGCGUCCGACUUGCAAUGUGUGCAAUGCACCAAAGUUUGGCGAAGUUGAAGCCCGCACAGGAUACGGCGGAGGCUACAAUGAGCGCGGUGUAGUAGAGUACCGAAGAAGGGAGUCUUCUUCUGACGAUGAAUAUGAUGAAUUUGGAAGAAAAAAACGGAAGCGAAAGGCUGAUUUUGAUGACAAGGUUGGCAUCACUGAAGGACCUGUUAACAAAAUUUUGCCACCAAGAAUGCUGCAGAAGGGAAAAAUGGACCCUGUUAAGCCAGUACCAGCGCCAAGUGGCUCUUUGCAGGCUAACAAACAGACAGACAAAGUCAGUGGCAGUCUUAGUGAUGGCUCAGUAUGUGAACUUCCUCCACUCAACAGAGUAGCAUUCAAGAGAAAUCAUUAUAAUUCUUAUUAUUACAAUGUCAACAAAACAAUUCCACAAGACCAUACCAAUCCAUAUAGAGGUAAUGGCAUCCAGCGUAAACGUUUUACUAGCAUGGGUGACAAGGAUCAUACUGGCUCCUCUGGUUAUGAGACUGGUUCGAAGAAGGGCAAAAGUGAGAGUGUGUCGCCUGCUUUAAAAUCUUACAAUCCAGUCAUGGAAAAUAGAGUUUCUUCUACUAACAAUGAUGUGGUCUACAAGUUCACAGGGUCAACACCAUCCGAAGAUUUUGAAGUGACUUAUUCAGUUAAAGAAAGAGUUACAGCAGCUGCUUAUGCUAUUGUGUAUAAUAAUUGCAAAAUGAGUACUCAAAAAUUUGAAUCAAUGUAUGACAAACCGGCACCUGACUUUAAAACGAUUUUUGCUUGGAGACAAAAACUUUUAUAUACAGGUUGCCUAGUUGAUGGCCACUUAGAAACACAGAAAAGGGAUGUGGAAAAGCCUGUAUCUACUGAAACAACAAAAUGUGAAAACAAACCAAAAAUUUGUCAGAAACUGCCUAACCCUGAAGAAAUUCCUAUAGUAUCAGAGAGUGAAGAUGACUCUCCUAAAGCAACUGAUGAUAAUAAACAGUCUUCCUUUAUUGGAAGACAAAGAAGUGUUAGUAUUGAAACUUUAAAUAAUACCAGAGUGGAAAAUGAGCCUAGAGCUGCCAGUGGCUCCAUAAGCACUUUGGAUGACAGGGGAUCCCAAGGAGGGAGUCAAUCAGCUUCAUCACAUCCUAGGUCCAGAUCUACUUCUUGUGACAGUCAAGAUUCCAACUAUCCUGAAUCUGACUUAGAGAAAACAGAUAAUAAAGUUGGUAAAAGAAAGAGCCCAUCUGUAAAGUCAAAUAAUACAAGACAAUCAGUUCAGGAGUCAUCAGAUUCUGAGUCAGUGUCUUACAAUAGUGAGGAAGUCGAUUUUAGAUCUAGAAUUUUUGGAGAAAGAAAAACUAGGCGUAAAGUAAAAAAGCGUUCUGUCCCUAUUCCUCCAGUUAAUAAUAAUUAUGUACCCAGUGAAAGUCACUCUUUUCAAGGAUAUAGCACAGUCAAGCCCGUUGAGCAAUCACCGUUAACAACAGGGAAUAUUUACACAAUGAAUUUACAAAAUAUGGGUAUCAAACCUAAGCACCAUGAAAAUCUACACGACACUGAUGGAUGUUCUAUUGAAUAUGUACCUACAAGGUUGGCAGCAACUGCUAAAAGAAAUUACCAAAAUUUUAAAGAUAAUGUAAAGAAAAAGGGAUUUUGGGCUAAAGCAAAUGGAAAUACAUUUUCCAACAAUAAACCGCGAUCACCACAAUUAGUAAAAGGUACCUGCAAUGAAAAGACUAGGAUCAAUAAUUAUUCAUGUGAGCCAAAAGGAUAUACUUCUACAGCUCGUCCAUUAGUUGUCAAUCAAAUGGAAUCCACACCACGCCCAUUAGCUGUCAACCGAAUUGAGACCACACCGGUUGUCAAUCAAAUUGAGACCACUCCACGUCCACUUGUUGCCAAUCAAAUUGAGUUGAAAUCACGCCCAUUGACUGUCAAUCAAAUUGAGACUACACCACGUCCACUGAUUACCAACUUUAUUGAGUCUAAACCACGUCUAUUGACAGUCAAUCAAAUCGAGACCACACCAUGUCCACUCAUUGUCAACCAAAUUGAGUCUAAACCACGCCCACUGGCUGUCAACCAAAUUGAGUCUAAACCACGUCCAUUGGUUGUCAACCAAAUUGAGUCUAAACCACGUCCAUUGGUUGUCAACCAAAUUGAGUCUAAACCACGUCCAUUGGUUGUCAAUCAAAUUGAGAUCACACCACAUACAUUGGUUACCAAUCAAAUUGAGACCACACCACGUCCACUGGCUGUCAACCAAACUGAGGAUUUCACAAAAGAUGUAUUAGAAACUAAUGUGCCAGUAGAUCAGUACCUGCCAUUUGAUAAGCCAUUAGAAACGGUAGUAACAUGCGAUUUCUCUAAACCACCUCCAGUGGUUGACCUGAACACCUCCAGUGUCUUUGAGAUGGUGCAGUCUAGUUCAGCAGUGAAAACUAGAAGUAUUAUGGAUAUUUUUAACUCCAAUGAACAGACUGAAGGAAGUCCAGAAAGGAGCAAUGAUAUAAAAAAGUUUGAUAGUGUGCGAAAAAUGUAUGAAACUAAAUGGGAUGAGGACGACGAUGCCCUUUACCAAAUUUCAGAUCCAGUUGAUCUACAACCUUCCGACACACAUGAUAGGUGCACCCCAUCACCUAGUGUUGGAUCUCUCCGAAUCCAAAGUCCUGUGACAAACAUGUUGUAUGCUACAAGUGAUGAAAGCCCCGCUAAACCAACAAACGUAGAUUUCAUGAAAGGUACCUUACUAGGUUUAUUGCAGGACUUGCAAGAUGGAAUUGAUAUUAAAAUCUCUGAUAAAGUCCCUUGUUAUACUGACAAUUUUGUUCACACUCCACAAAAGGAAUCCAAUGAAAAUGUUAACAAGUUCCAACAGCAACAAACAAAAGUGAUAGACAUAACUCCACCAUUGCCCUUGGAACCUAUUCCUAUGGAUAUAGAAGAAGAAAUGAGAUGUAUGUCUAACGAACGAGAAGAAUUACCUACUGUUAACAAGCCUAAAACGAUUAGUCCAUCAAAAAAAGUACAUGUACUGGAAUCCAUAACAAUCAAACCAUCGAACCUUCCAAAUAACACCUAUAUUACUAAUAAUUUAGACCAAGAAACAAGUUUGCAUAAAUUGCCAGUAGUUAUUGAACAGCCAAAACAAAAUGUGGCACCACGAAAUGUUGUGCAGUCUGAAACAAUCACACCUGGUAUUCAUAAUCUGCCUCAAUUAGAUUUUUCAAAUUUAUUAUCUGGAAUUAACACAAAUGCAAUUAUGUUAGCUCUUCAAAAUUUGCAGCAGUUUUCACAACAACCUAGUGAUAGUUCAAAUGAGAAGAUAUGUAGUUCAGGUCAGGAGGAUCAACUAUGUGAAACUGAGGCUGUGGAAACAAUAAACUUAACUAAUGAUGAGGAAUGGGAAAACGAAUCCAACCAAGACGAGAGAAUAGAAAGAGAGUUAGAGAAGUUAGAUGGCAACACGGGUGACACACCUUUUUUAAGUGAUAUUUUUGACCCUGGUCCAGUCGUUAUGCCAGCGAAUCUAUCUAAGAAGUUGAAUAUAAAUAUUAAAUCUCUGGAAGAAAAACCCAAAACGCAAACUCCACAUUUAAAUGAAAAUGCGCCUGUGAUAGGAAACUUUAAAAGCUUUGCCCUUCCAAAGCCGAUUAUGUUGAAUAGGUUAAAGUUAGCCGUUAAGCAACCUGAAAAGGGCAACAAAGCAUGCAAUGGAAAACAAUCUAAAAGAUCCAAAAAGGGUAAAGCGUCUGGCUCCCAGGGAGCAGAGGGCGGGGCGGAGGAUGAAGAGGAGGAGUCGGGGGACGAGGCUGAUCUCUCUAAGUAUGAUCUGUGGGGCAGCGAUGGGGAACAGGGCAACUCCUCCAAAAUGGAGAGUGAAGAAAAAUCGAAAGACGAUGAAAACGAUGAAGAUGAUAGACAGAGUCCGUCAGACAAAAACGGGAAAUCUGAAUCAAAAAGUAAAAAAAGGAUUAGAAGUUCUUCGUCGUCGUCGAGUUCGUCUUCGAGUUCCAGCUCUAGUCACAGCUCUGGACCGGAAGCACCAAAAAACAAGUUCGACGACUUCAACUUGAACAGCGAGCGCGAAGGGUCGCCAAAGAAAGGCAAGUCGCGGUCCCGCUCGCGCUCGCCGCGCGCGCGCUCCGCCGGCGCGCCGUCGCGCCGCAAGUCGCGCGACAGCCGCUCCGGCGGCGAAUCCAGAUCGUCGCGCGACAAGGAGAAGUCGCGGGACAGAGAGCGUCGCGACAGGUCGCGCGGCUCCCGGGAGCGCAAGGAGCGCCGCUACAGUCGCGACGGCAACAACCACUACAGCGCGAGAGGUCGACACCGCUAGGUUAAAUAUCCGUUUAUAAUGUACGCGCGGGGCUCUGUAUGCAAGUUUAAUAUACGAAUACUAUCUAAUCUAAACUGGCAUGUACCGUACUGACGACUGGAAGAAUUUUACGACGAAGACGACGAAAGGAUUUUUCCACCACUCUGUACUCUGUGUCUCUUGUGCAUUAUAAAUUUAUCUAUUUCAUCUCGCCAUCGUCGCCUCGAUCUGCCGCGCUGGCGUUGAUGAGUCUGGGGACUCCAGAAAAAAGUAGAUUUUGUCCACAUACGGCACACAUGACCUGCCCAGUUCCAUUUAAGUAAAACGGCUGCAAGGCCAAUGAGUACUGCGAAUGAAUUUUCUAGAACAUCUCGAUGAAUUGACGCACACAUUGUCGUGCACUAAAUAUUUAUCGUGACAACCAUUAUGAUGUCAAAUCUGCAAUGAUAAUGAAAUCUUCAAAUAUGCUAGUUGGCAGUUAUUUGAUUUUUUUAAUGAUAUCUUGAAAACCUUGAUGGCACUAUAAUGUCAUAUGAUGUUUUUGUAAAAAAAAAUAACUCGGACUGACAGAAACUCUUAUAACGUUAUAAUUAUAGAGAUGCACAAUGCGAAUAUUAAUUUAGUGGCCAAAAUAACGAAAGUAAUCUUGUAGAACUAAAUGACAGGGCAAGAAUAUUAAAACAGGAAACUUGAGAUAAACGCUCCAGGGGAUUAUUUUUUGACAUUUGUUGUAUGAGCGAAAUGCCAAAAACACGAUACGCAAAACAUACAAACAUACAAAACGCAAACAGCCUCUUUAUGUACUGCAUCCGAUAAGAAUCCGAGGAUUCUCGAUCCGAAGUGGCCGUACUAAUUUUCGUUGCAACCCACUAAGGAGGUCCAAAAUAAUUGAUUCUGCGCAUUCAAGAUCAUGACUAGAUCCAUUUAAGAACUUUGUUCUGGAUGGGCGCCAUAAUAUUACAUGAGCGGGUAUGACGCCGAUGAAAUAUGUGCUCGGAAUCCCGCUAGAUUUGUUCCUUAAAGAGUUGUUUUUGUAUGCAACUGUUUGUCUUUUUUUUGUUGUCUUGCAAAAGACCUUUUAAUGUAGGCAGGAUGCCUACUAUAUGUGAUUUAUUAUAAUUGUAAAAUUUUAAACUGACUUCUGCAUAUUUACCUUUUAAAAUGUGUAAUUAUAUACAUGUAUAAUUAUUUAGUCUGUACAAAAUGACUUCUCACGCGCCAUUGUAACUCUAUGGGUCAACUUUCGUGUUAAAAGUAAGGUUUGCCUUGGACUUCAUCUGUGUUGGUGUUAUGUUAGCUGGCGGGCGUGCUCUGCUUUUUUGG